AUGGAUGCCAGAGAAUCGCUCUACACCUUCAACCUUUCAGACCAUUUUUACAUAGAGUUGAUAUUACUGGCCAGAAAAAGCAUUUCAAAGAGCAGGGAGACUCUUGUGGACACAGAGAGCAAACAGGGUUCUGCCAGUCAGGUGACUGAAGCUGCUGAGCUCUCCUCAAUGAGCAAACUUGAUCCUCCAGCAAAGGGGGUUAAAAACAGUGCCCCACAUCCAUUCCUUCCCACCAGCAAGCUGAGUAAACCAGUGGAGCCCAGAGGCAGUGCCAUGAACGUGGCUGACCUGCCCACCUUCUCGCCAUCGCUGUACCCCCCCAGUGCCUUUAAUUAUGAGCGCCCUCGCCAUUUCAUCCAGUCCCUGCCCAGUUUCCACACACCCAACAAUGACAUCAGCAAACCCAACAGCCUCAGUCCCCCAGCUUCAACUGCUGCACCAUUAGUGAGUCCUCCUCAGCCUGGACCCACUCGAACAUCAAUGUGUUCAAGCAUGACUUUGAUUCCUAAACCACAGAGCUCUCCAAACAAUGAGAAACUAUCAUCAGCAGCUUUCCUCUCAUCUGUCCUGCCUUCACUACCGAGCUCCCAGGCCAAAUGCAUUUCCAUACCUCAAUCUCCAUAUCCCCGGUGCUCCCCUAGAUCACCCAGCCCAACACCAAAGGCCCAAGAACAGCCUCUGUCUCCUCCACGUCAGUCGCUGAAUCAUGCUCCUGCAACUGUCCCAUGCCCGAAAACAACUGCUCCAGCUCUACAGCCCCCACCUGUGUCUCACAUGAGCUACACAUCCAACACCUUGCCAAAGCCAAUCUUGAAGAAGACUGUUUCCCGAGCAGCGUCUCGUGCCACAGAUGAAGAGAUUCAGGGCUCAAAAGAUGCUCUUAUCCAAGACCUUGAAAAGAAGCUACGGAACAAAGCUCCCCAACAAAGGAACAUUCAGAAGAUGUCAUAUGAGGAGCGAAUGGCGAGAAGAUUGUUGGGAGCAGAUAAUGCUGCCUCAGUAUUUGAUCUUGAAAAUGCAUUCAUUUCACAGCCUGCACAGCCAGGCUCUCCAGAAGGUCUCCAGCCUGGAGGAAUAUGGUCCAGAAAGAAUCGUCCCGGAGGGGACAGUGCAGAGGCAUCAACCAUCCAAGAGAAGUGUUUUGCUCCUCGUUUUAUACAAGUGCCGCAAGAUCUUACUGUUGAAGAGGGACGAUUCUGCAGGAUUGAUUUUAAGGUUGUAGGUUUGCCAACACCAGAUAUUUCUUGGUAUCUGGAUGGGCAACUCAUCCGACCUGAUGAUUACCAUAAGAUGCUGGUGUGUGAGAAAAGCGUCCACUCCUUCAUUAUUGAAGUCGUGACCAUUCAUCAUGCAGGUGUAUAUGAAUGUGUAGCGAAGAACCGUGCCGGAGAGAGCCACUUCUCUCUGCGCCUGGAUGUGAUUGCUCAGGAGCAGUUGUGUCCUCCCACAUUUGUGGUGAAGAUGAGGAAUUCUCGGGUUCUUGAGGGUGAUGCUGUGCGGUUAGAGUGUAAGGUGGCGGCAUCUCCAACACCUCAGCUCUACUGGAAGAAAGACAAGGAAAUGCUGCGAAUCGACCCCAUGAGAAUGAGUCUUUCUCAGGACGGUUCAGGAAAGCAGUGUUUGGUCAUUGAUCCAGUGAUAAAGUCUGAUGCGGGCUGGUACACUGUAUCUGCCAUUAAUGAAGCAGGCAUGUCCACAUGCAACUCCAGGCUAGACGUGGGCACUCGACUGAAUAAGUCUACCCCUCCAGUCAGGAUGCUGAAGAGUCUUCCCAUCUUGAGCCAGUUUUCCACACUGAGCACAGAGCCCGUUCCUCAUCACACCGCCCCACUAUAUGAGAGCGAAGAACUGUAGACACUCGUCUGAGUCAUGCAGCUUUCAUGUCGACAUCUGAUAUUAUUAUGCAGUAUUUAUGUAGUAUAUUUCUCUGUAAAUGAGCCAGUUAAGCAGUUUAGCCAGUACCGCUGAUGUUUGCCAUUCCAGCAGAAUCAACACGCUCUCAUGGUUGAUUUGGUUGGAAAUGGAUAACCAGUCUCAUGUAAAGCUGCAUAUUUAUGACACCCAGUACAAGAGAAAAAAAAUGUAUCUUAGUUUGUCAGUUUUGCAUAAACUAGACUAAUGCUUUGAUUGCUGUAUGCACUGUGGAAGCUCAAUAUGUGUGCAGUGUCUUCACUGAUACACUCGGAAAAUACAUGACCUUAUAUGUACUGAAGAUGAUAUUUGUUGGAAUUUUUGCUACUAGUACAAAGAAUUUGGUCAAAUGUAUUGAUUACAGUCCUGAACACAGAUGUCAUGUGUUAAAUAUGAUGAUCAUUUGAGUAAAGAUCUUUGUGAAAACACUACAGAUUUAUCUCUAAGUAUUUUUCUCUGUCAUGACACACUCUCACAUG